GCAGCACAAAGAAAAAGACAUCGCCUUGCGAUGCAUUCGGUGUGCAGCCAGACAGCUCACUGCGUUGUAUAGAACAAAAGAGAAGACCGAAUAUAUAUAUACAUACAUUUCAGCUACUCGAGCAGGCUUCGCUCCGCUUCAUCGGAUUACCUGAAAUUUAUCUCCCAUUUAGGUGCAAUGGCGAUCGUUGUGGUGCUGGUCGGCCAGUGCGGCAACCAGUUCGGCGAUGAGCUCUUCACUCAGUUGGCACUCUGCACCGGCAUCACUUCCAGCUCCAGCCCGACUUCGAAAGCGGCCAAAACAGCUCUCCCCUCCGUCGCGUCGCCCUCUGCCUCCUCCUCUGUGGUCUCUCCCUUCUUCACACGCGAUGGCAUGGCCCGCUGCGUCCUCGUCGACACGGAGCCGAAGGUUGUCUUGGGGGUUCGCCAGCGCCACGCCAACUUCAUGAGACAGGAGAACGUGAUUCACGGCCAGUCCGGCCGCGGCAACAAUUGGGGCCUCGGCUACCACGGGGUGAAGACGGCGGGCAGCAAGCGCAACGAGGACAACGCCGCGGUGCAGCGCGCCUUCCGCAACAUCGCCCGCGACCAGCGCGAGGACGACGACAACGUGCUGGGCAAAGCGCUGCAGGCCAUCUACCGCGAAACACGCCGCACGAGUGACGCGGACGACGGCACGGGCGGCUUUGAGGCGAUCGUGAUUAUGCACAGCCUCGUUGGCGGCACCGGCAGCGGGCUUGCCUCGCGGCUGACGGAGCGGCUGCGGUUGUACUUCACGGCACCGCCGCCUGGUCAGCAAAUCGAUGAGGUGUACGAGUCGACGAUGAUGCGCAUUGACGGCUUCGAUGGCGGUCUGUACGGGGCACAGCGGCGGGCGCGGCACCUCGUGAACGUCGCCGUCGCACCCCAGGUGGUCGGCGAGGUCGCCACGCAGGGCCUGAAUGCGGCCCUCACGCUGCACGUUUUGCAGAAGCACGCCGAUGCAGUUGUGCUGCUGCGCAACGAUGACGCGAUGGCGCCUGGGGAGGUGCGGGGGAGCAGCGUCUGCGACGGUGCCUCGGUCCUGCAUCGGUGCGUGACCUUCAAAGAGGCGAACGAGGUUCUGGUCGCGCUGCUGCUGCCGGUCCUGCGCUACGGCGUGGAGGUGGGCUGCAUUACCCAACUGCUCACGCAGUGCAUUCCUCCGGGCUACCGACGGACCACCGGUGGAAAUAAAAUACUGACGCUGCUCCCCACGCCACAGCGGAGCUACGCCGCCCUGCGGCAGUGUGUCCAUCGCGCGCUCUUCUGCGCCAUUGAGGGCGGCCGCGUGUUUAUGCCAGGCUACAAGCCAACGGUGCCGAUCGAGGACCUGCUGAGCAAGACGGCCCAGCAGCUGUCGAGCAGUCAGCCGCGUCGGGCGUCCAACGCCAAUGGUAACGGCAGGACCGCGGGCUUUACCGGCGGCACCAAAGCCAAGCUAAAGCCGUCCCCUAGCACACGCAAGGGGCCACCACCAUCGUCUGCCCAACAGCCGCGGCAAUCCACAAUAGCAACAACAAGCUCCUCCACUUCACGCACGCGCAUUACAGGCGAGGAUACGGACAGCUACGAGGUAGUCCCCUACGUGAGGCAACGUCGGCUGUCGGGGCAGCGGCAGCGGCAGCAACUCGGGUUUCGCGUCGAGGACGAAGGCGGGGUGGCGCGAGCGGUGCCGUCGUCCGCGAAAGGGCCGUUUGCCUCCGCGAGUGCCUCCGCGUCUUCCGCGCGUCGACCACUGGUGACUCCGUUCUCUUCUCCGCCAGCCAAGGCGCGGUCACGGGUGCAGGCGCCUGUGCGUGCGGUGGCAACGCGUCUGCGUUACGGCGAUGAGGAGAGAGAGGGAGAAAGGGACGAAAGAGACAGAAGCUCUUGCAUAGAAGGCGACGAGCAGCACGACGCCGACGGCGACGGGGGCGAAGAGCAGGAGGACGCGAACCGACGGGUCUUUCAGCGGUGCAGUACCAAGAUCCCUCCGCCGCUCUACCGCCACUAUCAGCAGCUGUCUCGUGCCCCUGUGACGAAGAUGUUUGAGACAAUUGACGGCGUGCUUUUGCUGAAUGAGGCUGUGGAGCUGGAUCGCAGAGUACUUUUCCCACUGCUGAAGUCCGCCGCGUUGAAGGUGUCGUCGGGGGCUUUCAUGUCGUCGUAUGAGGACGUUGGGGUGACCUCCGAGCGCGUGACGCGUUCUAUUCGCGAAGUCGCAGAGGUCAUGGCAGACUCCGAAGCGCUGUGA